AUGUCGAUCCCCAUCCCGCCAGUGACGUUGGAGGGUCAUUGCUCCGCCAUUCACAACAAUACGCUCUAUGUUUAUACGCCCGAUGCAUUCCUUUCGUUACCGCUGGAACUGGAUGGGAAAUGGCAAAAGCUGCAGAUGGGUCAGGCGGUAACUGGUGCGAUCUGUGUGAAAGGAGGAACUGAAGGCGAUAACAAUCGAGAGUCACUCUACGUUGUCGGUGGAACCGCAAACUCUCCCGAUUAUUCUGGCCUUCAGAGAUAUUCCUUUGAAGAUAAACAAUGGCAGACCAUCGAUACGCCGGGAACCUCUCUUCAGAACCGGACAAACCAUGGCGCUGCCUAUAUCAAUUCGACAGCUUCUUUACUGAUCUACGCAGGCUCUCAGGAUGGUAGCGAGGCUCCGACGACAUCAACGUUUCUUGUUUCGACCGUGCCGCCGUUCGGCAUGGAUUCUUUCAAUUCGCAAGGUGCCUAUCCUGCGGUAGCACCCAUGUUGUUACCCUGGGAUGAAGGUUCAGCAGCUUUAGUGGGCGGUGAUGCGAGUACGACAUCGAUCUUCGUCUUUAACUCGACCGGCGGAUGGCAGAACUCCGGCGCCUCGCUGGCCCAGGCACUUCCUGAGCAGGUCCAGUGUGCUUUGGUCAGCGCCUCGGACGGUUCGAAGAUAUUGGAGACUUUCGACAUGAGCACCUCGCCCAAUACUGUCUCGAGAGUCGCUCUGCUCGACGCCGGCGGUGUUCCAGCACCAGCCGGCCAAGUCGUCGGUACCUCUAGCGCAUCGUCAACCUCCGCAACGAAAACGAAAAGAGAUCUCACCUUGGCCAACUAUCCCGCCUACAACGGAACGUUUGCGCCAAACGUAACUCGAACCGGUUUCUCCCUGGCGCAGGACGGCAACGGGUUUGUGGUUAUUUCCGGCGGUAGCACGACUGAUCCCUUAUGCAUAUUCGACUCAUCAAGCAAUCGGUGGUUGAACGCUACCAAACUCUUCCACGGCGACGAAGUGCAGAAACCUCUUGUGACUCAAUCCGUUUCAUCGACUACAAGUUCCAGUACGACGUCUGCAACCGCUGCAGCUACCACCAGUGCCAUCUCUAGCCCGCCUGCGGCAGCUACGAGUACCGCUAGUGGUGCUGGUGGUAAAUCUAGCAGUCGAACAGGGACAAUCAUUGGCGCCACUCUGGGUGGUGUACUGGGAUUUGCCUUAUUCUUGGUCAUCGUCCUCCUUAUUCUCAGGUGGCUGAGGCAGAAGAAGGAAAGGCCCGGAGCGAAUGGCCAGGUGGAGGACAAGGACCGCCUCAGUUUCCAGGACCGGGGUCUCGAGCCUCUUGCUCUAUCUGCAACCCCAAUGGGAAGAGGUUCUGUCCCGUCAGUGUCAGCCGACUCACUCGCUAUCAUGUCGGGCAAAUACAAUGGUUCCAACUCUUUGGCUUCACCAAUGAGUCAGCACGGAGUAUUCGCAGAGAAAAACCGAAGCCCCUUGACCACUAUCAUGUCCAGUCGACAAGAGGCCACCCCGAGCCCGCUGACAGCCACAGACCGUUCGUCGCCAGAUGAGCGUCCUCGCGGAGAUAGGACCACGGAUGAGGGAUGGAGUAAAUACUUCGAGGACAAUAACGCGACCAGUUUUAUCGACGCCAAGUCACCCCGAUCAACAGUCUCAUCCGAUCAGACCAGAUCUGACUACAGAGGCAGUGGAUGGCCAACCAUGACUUCCGGGCUCGCUCCAUUGAAUCUAGGGGUCCUCGAUGAUCGGAGACCAUUAGGCCGUGUUCCUACCGGCAGUCCUAGUACCGAGCAUCCUAGCAAGAGUCUAUUCUUCCAGGAAGGCCAAUCCGCGAGGAUAUCAAGUGCCGAUUCAGUCAGCUUAGCCUCCGAUGAUGGUGACUAUGGCCCAGAUGCUUACUCGUCCGGUGUGCCAGCCAGCAUCGUUGACGAACGAGGGUGGCCACGACCAGCAAGUAGCAACUACACCAACAGCGUCUACGCACCCACAAACGUAGGAGGAGAUACCUUGAUGAUCCCUUCGCGAUCUGCAAGCCAUUCUCAGAGAAUCGACACCAAUCGCACCCAUCACCGUGGUUCAAGUACAGUCAUACCAGAGCACUACGACGACGACCUACAGACUCGCAGCAAUGUCAACUCCGAUAUGAGUUGGUUGAAUCUCAACCUCAAGUGA